UCUGUCUCGUGACAUUGUAGAGACACACAGGAAGGAGCAAAACAGGGUGGACACACAUACAUACAUACAUAGGAGAACCAAAGAGGAAGACGGAGAAGCACACACACCCACAUUCAGCAUCCUUUCGGUGGCAGUUUAGCAUCAGUACCAAAGACUGUCCACCCCUCUGUCAGUAUGGCUGAGGGUUCAGGCGAGGUUUCACUAGCAGAGGUUGAGACUGCAUUUCGUAAAUUUGCAAUUCAUGGAGACACCAAGGCAACAGGGAAGGAGAUGAAUGGGAAAAACUUUGUUAAGCUGUGUAAGGACUGCAAGGUCAUCGACGGGAAAAAUGUAACCAGCACGGAUGUGGACAUUAUCUUCAGCAAAGUCAAGGCUAAGACAGCACGUGUGGUCACGUUUGAGCAAUUCACUCAAGCCAUGUCUGAGUUAGCUCCCAAACGUUUUAAAGGGAAAAGCCAGGAGGAGGCAGUACAGCUUCUCUAUGGUCUUAUUGCUGGCAAAGAACCCACCAACAUUGGUGUCACUAAAGUUGCUAAAGCCUCAGCUGUGGACAGGCUAACGGACAGCAGUAAGUAUACUGGAUCUCACAAGGAGCGCUUUGAUGCAUCAGGAAAAGGAAAAGGCCGUGUGGGGAGGGAAGAUAUCCCGGAUACUAGUGGAUACGUCUCAGCAUACAAAGGCCAAGACACAUAUGAUAGCAAAGUUAAAGAGGACGAAUGAGAGAGAAAUGGAUAAAAAGAGAAAAGUGCUUUAUGCAUGACAUAAUAUGUAUUUCUGAAGUCUUCCUGAUUUCGUUUUAGCAGCUAGCUCUUCUCUAAAAACAAAUCUCUUGCAAAAUCCUUGCAUGAAAACCUGUCUCACAAACUUGUGUUUGCAUCAAAUUGCACCUUUAUCUUCAUGUGGUAACAAGCACUUUUGCCUUUGACACAUUUGCCUUUCUUAAAAUUAAUAUAUCAUUACUUUUCUUUAUCUAAUUAAAGGUUAAUAUAUUUGCUGGCUAGAUGAGCUUUAUUGUGAAGUCUUUGUGCUUCUUAGCUCUGUUCAACUGAGAUCUCUAUUACCGGUAGUCUAUAAACACUGGAAUGGAGUCGACUCAAAUAAAGUAUAUACAAAGAAAUGUCUCGUGGGAAUACUUGAUUUCUAUUACAACACACGUUAUGUGAUGCUUUGCACAAUUUUUGACUUUGUUAGGUUUUAUUGUGGGCAGAGGUGUGGUGUGUUCCUUUGAAUAUGUGUUUUGGG